AUGCAGCCUCAGUCCACUGGGAUCUCACAUAAACUCAACAUGAAGGGACCUCUGGCUGUUUAUCUGCUCACAUUGUUUUUCCUGCUGUCGCCUGCAGAUCUGCUGAACCUUUGCCUGAACAACGAUGUGAAAAUGGGUAGAAUGGCAUGUAUGACUGCCAUGUCAAAUGAAGCAGGAUUUGGACCAGAUCCAGAAAACAACUCCACAGAUGUGCCACUUGAGAGAAGCUAUCCAGAAGUAUUCUUGAAUGAAACAAUGUAUACGUUUAACUUGAAUGAAGCAAUGGACGAAUCAAAGUCCAAUGAAACCCUGGACGUGUCAAAGUUGAAUGAAUCUAUGGCGACCUUGAGGGCCCAGGUAUGA